UAAACACCACAGAAGAAGAAGAGGGGGAACUCGAGUGCUACUCGUUUUGCUCAACAGAAGAAAGGCUCUUUUCCAAAUUUUUACGUAGCUCUCCAUCGUCGACCGGGCAGUCAUGUCGAGUCGUGAAGCUCUCAACAUGAAGCUCCCGCCGAUCCAGUCCACGGCUGGAGCCGUGCCGGUUCGUAAUGAGAAAGGUGAACUGUCCAUGGAGAAGGUGAAGGUGAAGCGGUAUGUGUCUGGUAAGCGUCCAGACUAUGCUCCAAUGGAGUCCUCUGAUGAGGAAGAAGAGGACUUCCAGUUUGUGAAGAAGGGAAAGGAAAUGGAGCAGGAAGUGGAGCUGGAGGAAGAGGACGUUUCAGACCCACGUCUGAAACGUCUGCUCAACCGUGCCUCUGAAGACGUGGAAGAAAGACUUGCCAGACACAGGCAGAUCGCUGAGCCAGAAGUCGUGGCUGAAAGCAGCGAGGACUCGGAUGAGGGAACCUGGCACCCAGAGCGCGAGGAGAGCAGUGAGGACGAAGAGGAGGAGGAGGAAGAGGUGGAUGAUGAGGAAAUUGAGAGAAGGCGUGCGAUGAUGCGACAGCGAGCCUUGGAAAGAAAGAACGAGGAGAUGGAGGUCAUGGAGGUGGAGGACGAGGGGAAGUCAGGGGAGGAGUCAGAGUCCGAGUCUGAAUACGAGGAAUACACGGACAGUGAGGAUGAAGCUGAGCCACGACUGAAACCCGUCUUUAUCCGCAAAAAGGACAGAGUCACGGUGGCAGAGCGGGAGGCAGAAGAACAGAGGCAGCGAGAGCUGGAGGCAGAAGUCAAGAGGCAGGCUGAGGAGCGACGACGCUACACGCUCAAGAUUGUGGAGGAGGAGGCCAAGAAGGAGUUUGAGGAGAACCGUCGCACACUGGCUGCCCUGGACGCCCUCGACACUGAUGGAGAGAACGAGGAAGAAGAGUACGAAGCCUGGAAAGUCAGAGAGCUGAAGCGCAUCAAGAGGGACAGAGAGGCCCGCGAAGUGUUGGAGAAGGAGAAGUCCGAAAUUGACAGAUUCCGUAACUUAACGGAGGAGGAGCGUCGGGCGGAGCUCCGCAACAGUGGCAAGGUCGUCACCAACAAAGCCAGCAAAGGCAAAUACAAGUUCCUGCAGAAAUACUACCACAGAGGAGCGUUCUUCAUGGAUGAGGAGGAGGACGUGUACAAGAGGGAUUUCAGUGCCCCAACUCUGGAGGAUCACUUCAACAAGACCAUCUUGCCAAAAGUUAUGCAGGUUAAGAACUUUGGCCGCUCAGGGCGCACGAAAUAUACCCACCUGGUGGACCAGGACACCACGUCCUUCGACUCCGCCUGGGCCCAGGAGACCGCUCAGAACAGCAAAUUCUUCAAACAGAAGGCAGCAGGCGUGAGGGACAUUUUCGACCGGCCCACCGUGAAGAAGAGGAAGAUGUAAAGAGUGUGUGAAG